AAAGAAAAUUAUGGCGCCAUACUCUUGCAGACUGCUUCACAUUUCACCCAGAGCCAGACAGGUUUAGAAACAUGCUUGUCUCGCAUAUAUAAUUCUUGUAGCUGGUUCAUGGGAUGAAUAGAGUCAUGGAGUCUCAGGCUGAGGGAGGCAGUUCAUCCAAAAGAGGUGCGUCCAGGAGACUUUCUAUGACAAAGAAAAAGAGGUCCAACACAAGCAAAGAGAGACUAGGCAAUGGUUCGAUAACUUCAUUUUUCAGUAAUACACCCCCAUGUAAACUGGCCUGCCCUCUGUGCGGUAAACUUGUACCUCGAUACAAAAUUAAUGAACACAUAGACUCGCAGUGCCAGAAGUUUCUUGGAGAGGACCAGGAGGACGCAUCGCGUGUCAGUGAAGACAAGCAGGAGAAACUGAUCGAAACACCCUCUAAUAGCACGGUUAGUCAAAAUGAGAGGAUAGACAUAGGGGAGAAUCCAGCUGAAACAAGCCCAUAUUUUAAAAAGAACUGUGUGCUAAAGCAAGAUUCAUCUGAAACUAAUUUGCAAGCUAAGGUGGUCCACACGGUUGGUCUUGGAAGCUUGUCUUCUAAACUGUCAAGAAGAGCACCUAGGCUUCCAAGCGCCUCAGGUGUCUCUGCAGAUGAUAAGGCCAAUAAUGGGGAGUUGAGCAGUUCACAGAAAGAAAACAUGACUUUUGAAUCAGUAUUCUGUGGCUUGGAGACCGGUAACAGUUUCCCACCUGGACCUGUAGCUUCUAACCAACUUCAAAUACAAUGUGUUGAGAAAUCUGUUGCAGUUCUGGCAGAAACAUCAACCAGUAGUGUUGCCUGUCAUUCAGUGAAAUCUCCAUCCAGAGUACUGAAGAGGAGAUCCGACGAGAAAAGUGACACAAACAGUUCCGAAACUGUUGCAGUCCACAAGAAAAGUAGAUGUAUUCAAAAUAAAAGUCAAUUUCUGCUAUUAAGAGGACAAGAAACUAAUCUCAGCUCAGAUGAAAUUGAGGCCUCGUCAGGUGUCUGUGAUGUUCCAUCAGCGAGUCAAACCAAAACGGAGUCCACUCACAAUGAUACUGAAUCUGAUAUGAAGGCUGGUAUCAAACCAAAGGAUGAGGCCGAAAUCCUUAGCAAAGUAAAAGCCACUGAGAGUUCAGAGAAUCGAAGCACCAGGCAACCAUAUUACCUGCAGAACUUUCGGACUGUCCUGGAGUCCGUGUUGGAGAACGAGGAUGAUCGGAUGCUUUUUAAUGAAGAUGACUUCUCAUCCAUUCACACUUUUCAGAAACUAUCAGCACCCAGUCAAAUGCUUUAUGUACGUCUGUUCCAAAGGAAACUGAAAUGGCUUCAGGUCAAUAAAGUGGAAUACACAGAGAUCAGUUCAGACCUCGGCCCUGUCAUUCAAGAGCUGGUGGCUUGUGGCUUCUUGCAAACAGAAUCAGAGAUUCAUGACAUCCAUGAAGUUUUGGAUUUGCUGCCUGCGCCGGAGCUCAGAAACCUGGCUAAAACUUUCCACCUUGGGCGUGGAGGGAACGGGACCCAAAAACAACAGUUGGUGGAGGGACUUCUUCAGCUGGGGAAGCAACGGUCAUUGUUUGCUGGUCAAAACAACACGGCUGCUGUCAUACUCAAGAGGGCCAAACAAGCAGCAGGCUCCUGUGUGCGUCUUUGUCGCAGAUCUCGUGCUGUGUUCUCCCGUCUGUUGCUUCUCUUUUCCCUAACAGACACUUUGGAGGAGGAGGAGAUGGCCGCUGGGGGUCAGGGGCAGCUCUACACUAUUCUGCUUGUCAACUCUGGCCGACUUGCUUUCCCAGACUACACUGUGAAUCGUUCAGCCAGGCUGUUUCAGGACAGAGAUAACCUCAUCAGGUAUGAGAUGGCGAUGCGUGCGCUGCAGGAAGUCAUUGCUGCGAUGCAGGCAGGCAAUUGGGAAGAUGCCCAAGGCCUCUAUACCGCAGCAAAGACCACCUGGCAAGAGAUUAAAGACGCCUGUGACUUAAGUUGUCAAGAGGCGCUGCCUAUUUUCCUGCGUUGUUUCACUGUUGGUUGGACAUAUACUCGAAUACUGUCUCGUGGAGUUGAGAUUUUGCAAAGACUUCGAUGCUAUGAGGAGGCUGUGGAGGAACUCAGGCGUCUUCUGUCUCAGUCGGUUUAUUGUGUAGACAGCAGGGGGCGAUGGUGGGACAGGCUCGCUCUUAAUCUCCAACAGCACCUCAAACAACAUGAGCAGGCCAUCUAUGCCAUUCGGGAUGGACUCAAUGACCCACUGGUUCGAACAGGUCAUCAGUUGUCGCUUCAUCAACGGGCUUCUCGAAUGAAAGAAUCUGCAAGCUUUAAGAAGUAUCGUCUGCUGCUACGAGAUCUGCCCACUGUCCACGUGCAAGAUGUCUGUCAUGUGACGAUACGAGGACAGCUUUUUCCUCAUGAGGGAGGUAUGGGUAAAUCAGUCUUCCUCAUAGCAGCCAACGAGGACGAAGGCUCCAGAACCGAAAGAGACACCAUGGUCAUGUGCUCUGUUGAGGAUCUGGCUUUGGCACACUACAGAACUCUGGGUUUUGAUCAAGGUAUUCACGGAGAAGGCUCUACAUUUUCCGCUCUGUUUGGACUCCUCAUGUGGGACAUCAUCUUCAUGGAUGGGGUUCCCGAUGUCUUCCGAAACCCCUACCAGAGUUGUCCUUUGGAUUUGCACACUGAUUGUUUCUAUGGUAACCGGCGGGAAGCCAUCGAGUCUCGCGCUGAGAUGUUGCGCGAGGCGUCUGAGGAGACGCUGCAGGAAUUGAUCACUGAUGUGUGGAACGGGCAGGAGGGGAAAGUGUGUGCGCUGAUAAACUGGGAACUCUUCUCCUCUCUACAGCAGGCACAAAGUCUGGUGGCAUGUCUAGGUGGUCAUUUCUUAAGCGGUGUGGUCCUCAUAAUGGCAAAAGACUACAGGCACUGCAGAGCAGGACUUCCAGAUCUGUUAGUCUGGAAUACUUCCAACAGAAAGUACAAGCUGGUGGAAGUGAAGGGCCCUAAUGAUCGUCUGUCCCAGAAGCAACAGAUCUGGCUGGAUGAGCUCUGUAAGCUUGGUGCCGAUGUUGAAGUGUGUCACGUCACUGCCACUGGAGCUCGAGGAGCUCGGCUGGAAUGAAGAUGCUCUCACACUACGAAAUAAAGACUAUUGUGGCUCACCAAGCAAGCAAACAGCGAAAAGUUUUAAAUGCACACAAGCUGGAUUUGAUGAUUGUAUUUAAACUUUUGUUUGGCAUCAGCUCUGGUGAUCUGAAAGAAAGAGUAUUUAUAAGACUAUAACAGAGUUUAAAAAACAUGGUUUGUUCUCUACAUCUGAAUGAAUGAAUGAAUGAGGCAAUCUGAACCCUGAUAAAUGCUGCUUGAUCACUUGUUAAAAUGUGAUAUAUUAAUAUAAACAAAUAUUAAAAC